CAGUGAGCCGGUGGUCCUGCAGCUCUGUCCCCUGUUGAGCUGGGGGUUGGGGGAGCGGGUCCAGCAGCUCUGUCCCCAGGUGAGCCGGCCGGGGGUCCUGCAGCUCUGUCUGCAGGUGAGCCGGCCGGGGGCCCGGCCGGGCCGCGGUGGGAGCGGGGCAGCGGGGCAGCGCCUUCCGAGGGGCACUGGUCGACCGGCGGAGACCGAGACCGUCCAGGCCGUGCUCGCCGGGGGUCGUGUCGCCCAGCACCUUAUACGUGAAAAUUAGAGCUGAAGCAGUAACCGCUCCAGGUAGCACCAGAGGUGUUCAGUGCAGGAUGGUUUGUAAGGGCGGCUCUGAGGGGUCUCUGCUGCAAAGAAUCUCUCAGAGAAGAGGGUUUGCAAGGGAAACGUGAACUUUAUGGUAAGAGGAAAGAAUUAGGCAGAAAGGCGGCGUGUGAACAUGGACCCCUUUUCAUGAAAAAAGUAAAAGUUCACACUUAGCAAAAGGAUUGACCCAGCUGGCCCCGGAAACAGUCGGUGCUUAAGCUGAGUGGGAGGACUGCAGGGUUUUGUUUUUGUAUUUUUAUGCUGCUUUGUAUUUUAUGAAUUUUGUUCAUUGAGCAUGUAUUUCUUUUAAUUUUGGAAAAGAUAUGUUUACAAAUGUCAAAGUGUCAUUCUCUACACGUUAGAAACCUAAUUCUCCUGCAAAGAGGGAGUGCUUGUCAGCUUGUGUUAACUCACUGAGGAAGGAGCCAGCAGGAGGAAGGAGCCGGCUCUGGGACCAGUGAGCUGCAGGAAUGCUGGGCGGGCGGGCCUGGGGGCAUCCUGCGCAUGGCAGUGACCACAGCCUCUGGAUUAUCUUCCCUGGGGGCAGGGGCGAGAGGAGAGUUAUUGCUGGUUAUCAGAGUUGCCAGGUAGGCCUCCCAGACUGUGAAUCCCAGGCCAGUCCCUGCUGAAUGAGCUGUGCUGUCUCCUUUGCAAAGUCAAGUGACCCUCCGAGGUCGUGCGCAGUAACCCAGGAUGAUGUAACAAAGCAGGCUGUUUCCCUCUUGUGGACUGCACAUCCCAGAUUGGAAUCAGUUUAGCGCCCAGUGAACAGAGGAGCUCAGAGAUGUUCCUGUGUCCGUGUCAGAGCUGCAGGGGCCCUGGGGGCUGGAGUCCAGCCUGGGGACUGGCCUGCCAGUCAUGGCAGCACUGGAACCAACACUCUUAACUUCCUCAGAAUGCCUGGUGCGGUGCAGUGGAACAGCUGAAAGCACCAAAGCCUAUAGAGGAAAGAACGGGGCAAGGUUUGUAGAUAGAUUUUCCUGCAGAGUCGAGGGGGAGGGGCUCUCUGUCCCCAGGGGUCACUCUUAUCGCAGCUACAGGGCGGUCUGAGCGCCUGGCUCCUGAAGAAGCCCUAGUCUGGGGCUCCAGGUGAGCAAGUGGGCAGCAGGGGAACGGAGCGCCCCCAUGUCCCCUGUGCCCUGGAAGGUGAAGGGAGGCAGUCAGGGCGGGUGGGCGCAGAGCCUUCCAGAACAAGUCUGACUGCCCUGGGGGCACCACCCAGCCUAAGGGCAGCAGUGCCUCUGCGGGGUUUGGGGGGCCACCUGGGUCCCCCAGCCUGCAGCAUCCCCAGGACCCAGGGUGACAGGUUGGACCAGACCAGCUGGCCCAGAAACGCUGUCGUGUAGGAGGGAGUGUGAGGAGGAGGUUUUGAGCAUGGAUCAGGAAGGGGGCGCGUUUGUGGGGGUCUGAAGGGUGCUGAGUAUUGGGUCUUGCAGGGAGUCGUGUCUCUGAUGACCCAGGGGCUCCCCUGCCUCCGCUCUAGCUCAGCUGAGACCUUAACCCAUUUGCAUUUCUUUCCUCAGAUGAGACACUAUCUUCAGAAAGGUUACCUAGAGUCUUAAGGACCCAGAAGCCAGUCUGAGGUUUAUCUGUGGCAUGACUUUGAAAGAAUAGUGUUUUUUUCCUCGAUUUCUGGGUCCUUGGAGCCAGUCCCCUGUUACCCACCUGGAAUGCUGGCUCCAUCCCUGCCCCCCACUCCUUCCUUCUGCACCUCCCCCCACUGCUCUUGUCUCAAGCACAGGGUCAAAAGCAGGCAGACCCAGUACUGGGGUUCCUGUUCUUGCUUGUUGCGUGUCCCAGGAGGCUGGAGGCUGGGGAGUGCCUCCUGUCUCCUUCCCCUCCCAGUCCCCUACCCACCCCUUGGCCCCACGUGCCUCCUGCUGCUUGUUGGAAGAGUUAGGGAGGGGAGGGAGGGAGAAGACAGGGGCUCAUGGUCGGCUGUUUGCAGACUUUCCAGGAUAAUCGGAUGUCUUUUUUUAAUCUGACUUACAUUUACAAGCACCUGCAGCUCAUGGGAAGCCCCUUCAGUUAUGCCUGGUUUAGGAAAAGGAAGGCUCUGAACAUCCCUCCUCAGAGUCUCAGGAUUUUACACCUGGAGGAGACUGGGGACCAGGCCAGUGCAGUGGUCCUGCACCUCCUUGGGGCAGCUAGGCACUUAAGAAGUAGCCAAGUCCCCUCCAAGGCAGUGGCGUCAGAAUGCCUGGGGGUGUCGGGCCUGGACGUACCCCCAGAAUAGAGAGAAGACAGCAGAGCUGCGGGCGAUCCAGUGCCCCAGGACCAGAGCGCGGAGGUCCUGAUCACGUGCCAGCCCAGGCCCCACGGAGUAGCUUCUUGAUUUGAGGCAAAUAACCGAGCCUGGGCUGUCCAGGGGGGUUGAAGCCUACCUUUCCCCACUUACCAAGUGAAGAGACCUAAUGGAUCUGCCGGGCACACAGUAGGUGCUUCCUGUUAGCUCCUGAUGUCCCACUGCGCUCUGUUUGUCUUUGGUUUCUACAGUCGGAUGCUGGGGUCCUGCUUUCUUAGCUUCUAAGCAGUGAAACCGAGACGAGAACUCGCUGUUCUGUCCCAGGGCCCUGGAGGGCCCCCCACCUUCCUGAGCGCCAGCCCUCGUUCUAGUCAGAGUCUCGGGGACCCUCCCGUUUCCAGGCAGAGGCUCCAAGGAAGGUAGGUGGCUGGGCCAGGAGCACGGUGGUGGGGCCUGUGGGAGAGGAUGAGGUGCCCUUCCCGGGAGCCUGGGCUGCAGUGGGGGGAGGCUCUUGCUGCAGACCCGUCUGCUGGGGUGCAGUUCUUGGUCCUGAGGCUGCCCUCCUGCCCAGCAGUGAAUGUCCGUCCCCGCCCCCAUGUCAACCUCCCCGUCAGUCUCACAGCGCCCAUCCUGUGGGACUCGAAGGGGCUUCUGGGGGGCCAGGUGGUUCUGAAUCUUUAGUGAGAGGGCCGGUCAGGCGCAGUCACAAGAGGAAAGCGGCGUUUACUAUGCUCGCGGGUCCUGAGACAGGGCCACGUGGGCCACGCAGGGGUGGUCAGGGUGUUGGGGGCAGAAGAUGGGAGGGAGGGGGGACUGAGGCCACGGCCUUUGUUGGGGUUUCCAGGGUCGGGUGAAUGUGUAAAACUGGCCGGUUUUAAUGAUUUUGUUGGACUUUGGGCUCCAGGGGUGUUCCUGGCUGCCUGGCUCCCAGCCUGGGUGAUUCUGGCAGAGGAACGUCGCCUCCUGGGUGCAGGGCAGACGGGGAAGGCCUGGCCUGGCCGGGUCAGUGGCAUUUGUCACAGGCGUCCCCUGGCGGGGCCCUUUGCUGUAGGAGGGGCUGUCAGAACAUCCCAGCAGACAGGAAGUAACGUGUUGCGCGCGCACACACGGGUCAGAGCCACGUGCUCUCGCGGCCUCUUAGGCUAGUGCUGGGCUUGCUCUGUGUCCAUGUUGACGUUCACGCGUGUCUCUAGGUGUGAGAGGAAACUGCGGUCUGGGCGUCGGGUGAGCAGAGCCUGUCCUGCGAGGUGUGCAGGAAUGCGCAAGCGGGGGCCUGCGCGCCGUCAGUCCGGCCUGUGCCAGAGCCGGCGCGGUGCCUGAGAAGCGGGAGGCAGGCCCAUCUGUGGUUUUGCUCUGGUUCCAGAGCAUCGUCAGAUGCAAGUGCAGUCGUCAGGGGCGGUUCCUGUGUUGUCCGCGGUGAGAGAGCGGUGUCCUGUGCGUCCCUGGCCUGGCCGCGGGCCGCCUCCUCCGAGCGUCCGCGGGUUGGCGGUCGGAGACGGGUGCACAAGGGGCCCUGAGGCCGUGGCCCUGACUGCGUUUUCAGGGACCAGAGGCAGCGUGUGGACCUGGCUCUCCUCUGACACAGACACCAGCACCAUGAGUCUUGCGAGUGACAGCAGGGCGGCAGGGAGCAUCUUUGACCUGGACUAUGCCUCCGGGAAGAUCCGCUGGACGCUGACGGUGGCCGGCUUUGUCUUCUACCUGGGCGUCUUCGUGGUCUGCCACCAGCUGUCGUCCUCCUUGAAUGCCACCUACCACUCCCUGGUGCCCAGAGAGAAGGUCUUCUGGAACCUGGCGGCCACGCGUGCCGUCUUCGGCGUCCAGAGCACGACGGCAGGGCUGUGGGCGCUGCUGGUGGACCCGGUGCUCCAGGCCGAUCGGGUGCUCGGCCAGCAGAACUGGUGCUGGUUUCAGAUCACCACGGCCACGGGGUUCUUCUUCUUCGAGAACGUGGCCAUUCACGUGUCACACCUGCUGUUCCGCAACUUCGACUUCUUCCUGGCCACCCACCACCUCUUCGCCUUCCUGGGGUUUCUUGGCCUGGUGGUCAACCUGGAAGCCGGCCACUAUCUGGCCAUGGUCACCUUGCUCCUGGAGAUGAGCACACCCUUCACCUGCGCCUCCUGGAUGCUCCUGAAGGCCGGCCGCGCCGACUCUCCGCUCUGGAGGCUGAACCAGUGGGUGAUGGUGCACCUGUUCCACUGCCGCAUGGUGCUGACCUACCACAUGUGGUGGGUGUGCCUGCGCCACUGGGAAGGCCUGGCCCGCAGCCUCUUCCCGCCGCACCUCGCGCUCUUCCUCGUGGGGCUGGGCCUCCUCACGCUGGUCAUCAACCCCUACUGGACCCACAAGAAGACGCAGCAGCUGCUCACCCCCGUGGACUGGAACUUCGCACCCAGGCGCCCCCAGCCCGCCCGCGCCAACGGCCAGCCGCCGCGGAAGAAGGCGCAGUAGCCCCUCCGAGGCUGUUCCUUGGCCCGGGGACACUGACCUGGAGCAGGACGAGGGGCUCCCGCCUCCAUUUGCCCCAGGAGAGACUCCUGCGCUGUGCUGACGCCUUGCCUGCUGGGCUCGCCCCGUCAGCACCGCACCUCCGCGUGUGUGUCCGGGGAGGGGCCGCGUGGCGGGACACACCUCGGCACCUGCGUCUUACCCACAGCCCCACCCCUGGUAGUGGGAAAGGGUCGUCCUCAAACAGGAAGUUCUGGGACCUGUUUCCCUGAUGGGCGAGGGGAGCUGGUCUCGGCAGCGCCCCUGGUGGUGAGCGCGGGCAGUGACCAGCCUAGACGGAGCAAAGGGGCUUCCCAUGGGGCCAGGGAGGCUUAUCCAGAAGAGUUUUGUUUCCCUGUCGUGUUGCUUGGUCCACACAGCAGGGGAGACGUGACUAAUCACAUUUGUCUAGAUUUUAGAGCUGUUUUUAACUCACUACGUUGCCAGUAGGUGCCCCAGCCAGACCGUAACUCAGAGGUUGGUGUCUCCAUGUGGAUUUCAGGUCAGGGUGGUGGUCACUUUCCCUGGGCUGCAGGGCCCUCCAGACAGCGCCAGGCCCCCUCUCCUCACCUCCUGAGGGCGAGCCCCGUCACCACCCUCGCUGAGUAGGGCCCGGCGGGACCUGCCCACCGUCGCACAGUUUUACUGACAGCUGUACGAGCAUCUUGUUCUUCCCGUGAGUGUGCAAUUAAGUGAGAUUAAAUGCAAUUGAAAUGAAAGUUGAAA